AUGGAUGUGGCGAAUCAUGAAGAAGAAGCAGUUAAAACUUCAAGGGUUGAUAAACUUGGUAAUACCAUUGUUUCAGCUCCAUCAUCACCUAUCAAACAACGAAAAUUAUCAUCAUCAAUAGUUGAACCUCCACCUAAAACCACUAUAAAUGACUUACCUAAUGAAGUCUUGGUCAGAGUGUUCUCCAAUCUACAAGUGACGGAAUUAAAUCAAUUACGAGUGGUUUGUAAACGAUGGAAUUUCGUUAUGAAUGAUAAACAUACUUGGAAUCAAUCAUUUAAAUCUAAAUUUAAUACUCCUAGAGUUUUCCCAUCAGUUACAAAUUCUUAUAAUUGGAUGCAUGAAUAUGUCACCCGUACAGAUGCUAUUCGCAAAUGGAAACGAGGAACUUCAUUUCAUAAUCGGUAUAGUUUAUCAUAUUCUGAAGCCCCUAUGAUGAUUACUCAACAAAUAUCUGAUUUUAAUGCCAAUUCUCGAUUAGGGAAACUUAUUCUGUAUGAUCAAAGAUCAGGUGAAGUUCGGAUCCAUGGCUUAAAAGAUACUCGGAAUCUUUCAUAUUUACCUAGUCCAAGUAUGAAUUAUAAUUUUGAUCAAGUAUGUGUUUUAUUAACUCAGAAAUAUUUAUUAGUGGGGAAAAGAAAUGGUUGUUUGGAUAUUAGAAGUUUACCAACCAUGUCAUCACAACAAUCUGCAUAUUCAUAUAAGACGAUUGAUACUAAUGAUGGAAGUCCUCCUCCUCUAGAACAAGUUCAAGGAGAAGGAACUGAUAAUAAUGAGGAAGUUCAAGUUGAAAUACAAAAUUCAUCACAAGUUCCAGUUUUAUCCAUUGCCUUCAAUCCUGAAGCCAGUCAAAAAUAUAAACGAGGAGAUAUCAUAACAGGAUCAGCUACAGGUAGUUUAAAAACAUGGAGUCUAUUAGGUCAAUUAAUAAAACGAGUAAGAAUCCAAUCGGAAGUGAUUUUAAACAUAGCGAGUGAUUUUAAAAAAUUCAUUAUAGUCAAUACGGAAACUAAUGUUUAUAUCAUUGAUUAUCUAGAAUUAACUAUCCUUAAAAAGAUCCCCCUUGGAUUCACGAUUUGGAAUGAAUAUCAAGGUCCUCGUAACAUCGAGUAUUACUUGAGAUUUCGAGACUGUAAAAAUCAACUAGAUGUUGAUUUUGCUGAUUUUAAUAUCAUUAUAAAUUAUAAACGAUACAUUAAAGUAUACAAUUUCAAAGAUUUGAAUAAUAUACUUAUGAAAGAUUUGACAUUACCCGAUCAUAUUACUAUAACGAUCUCGAAAAUGCAAGAUUUAACCUUAUCACGACAAAAGAGAGCCCGAAAUAAAAAUAUCAUUGGGAAAGAUGGAUUAUUGUUUGCUAAUCUUUUAUCAGAUGAUAGGAUUAUUAUCUGGAAUGUUAGGAAUGAAUAUGAUGAUGAAACAGGGAUAAUUCCUAUCACAACCCUUCGACCUAAGAUGACUUAUGAUAAAUAUUAUCCUGGUUUAGAAGAUUUUAUAGAAGAGAAUGAAUUACAAUCGAUAACAGCUAUAACCAUCAAUAGUUUAUUCAUUGCCGUGGGUGGGUAUAAAGGGGUUUGUAAAUUAUAUGAUAAUUUCACAGGAGCAUGUUUGAGAGUGAUAUCAUUAAAGAAUCCUAAACAUUUUUCAUUAUAUGCCCCUAAUGUGGUUAUACCUACUAGUUUUAUUCAUUUGAAUCCUGAUGUUAGAGAUUGUAAUGGAGUGAUUAGUAGUAGUAUUGGGUAUUGUCAAUAUUUCCAAUUUGGAGAUUUGACGACUGAUGUGAAUGAUGGAAAGAAAUCGAAUAAUGGAUCAUUUCUGAAAAAUAAUAAUCGAUUAUCAGCUACUAAAAUCAAGAGACAAAUUCAUUAUGCUGUAGAAGAUUUUGAAAGAGAUAUUGAAGAUGAAAGACUUCGAGAAGAAUUGGCCCUUAAGUUUAAUGGAGAUGAUGAGACGAGAUUAAAGAAUUUUUUGAAUGAAGAAGGAGGUGAAGAAGGAGUAGAUGAAGAAUUAGCAUUGGCCAUUGCAUUAAGUCAAAGUCAACAUCAACAUCAACUUGAUCAACAAUAUAGUCGUGAUAUAUCCCAAGUUUCAAGUCUAGGUGAAGUUGAUGGAGAAGAAGAAAAUGAUGAAGAACUUCAAUUAGCAUUAGAAUUAUCCCGUAUAAUGCACGAAGAAGAAACCAAUGGAUAUGGUGAAGUAUAA